AUGAGCCUUAUUGACACCCACCACCACUUCGUGCCCGACUUCUAUGCGCAAGCCGUUGAAGACGCUGGGGGCGAUCCCUCUGGCUGGCCAACACCUUCCUGGACGCUUCAGGGCUCUCUUGCAUCCAUGCAAAGGAAUGGUUCAACAAAAUCGAUCUUAUCUUUGACUGCCCCCGGAGCAGUCAUCGCCCCUACCGACGAGGAGAGAAGGGCUUUAGCCCGCAAGGCGAACGAAUACGCCGCCUCUCUGAGAAACAAAGAUCCCAAGAAAUGGGGUUUCUUUGCAGCCUUGCCGUGCCUUCUCGAUACCGAGGGAGCCCUAGCGGAAAUUAGAUAUACCCUCGAUGUCUUGAAGGCUGAGGGUGUCACUUUGUUCACAAGAUACGGUCCAAGAAACCAAUACCUCGGAGACGCAGCCUUCAAGCCUAUUUGGGAAGAGUUAAACACCAGGACCGCUGUGGUCUUCAUUCACCCGACUCAUCCCGCCGAUACGGCCCGGGUUAAUCCCCUUCUUCCGCAACCAGCCAUCGAUUACCCCCACGAGACUACAAGGACGGCUGUUGAUAUGAUCAUCACCAACACCAAAAGGAGCUACCCACUGUGUAAAGUGAUCCUCUCUCAUGCCGGAGGUACCCUGCCAUUUUUGAUCACUCGGAUAUGUACUGUAUCACAAGAAGCAGCUGUCACAGCUCGUAUUUACGGGAAGAGCUCUGAAGAAAUUAUGGAAGAUUUCCGAUCGUUCUACUUCGACCUAGCUCUUUCCAGCUCGGAGGCUGUGCUAAAGUUGGUCCUGGAAAUGAUUCCACGUGACCACAUUACUUAUGGCUCCGAUUACCCUUACGCCUCUCCCGAUAAAACACUUGGUUUCAAGCAAGCUUUGGACGAAUUCCCUCUAGACCAAGAUCUGCGGGACAAGAUCUACUUCAAGAACGCAGAAGCAAUUUUCUCGAAGACCGAGUAA